UCAGCAUCAAUUUGAAAAUGCCACAUCGAUCUAGCCGUAAAAAUCGUUCACGUAAUCGUAAAAAACGUGAUAAUGAAUUAAAAAAUAAUAAAAAUCAUUCAAAUGAUAAAAAAGAUCAAAAUGAAUUACAAAAAAAUCUAUCAAAUGAUCAAUUAGGACCUGGUACAAGUAUCGAAACAAUACAAAAAAAUCCAAUUGAGAUUAAUGUCAAUGGUCAACAAGUCAAGAUGAUAACAGAGGUUGAGACAUCUUUGUCUAACCCUGAAAUUGAAUCGAUAACAGACUGUGAUAAUACUGGUUGUAAUUUAAAUUUUCAACCUAAUAAUUUGAAUAGUUCAACGAAUAUAUGUGAGAUAAAUAAAUUUAAAGGAGAACCACAUGAACCAAGUAUCAGUAAAAUAAACCACGUGAAUGACAUUGGUAUUUUAGAGUCUAGCUUUACCAAUAUUGAUGCAAGUAAAGAUGACAAUGAUGAUGAUGAUGAUGAUGAUAUAAAUAUGAUAGAAUCUGUUCAUCCACUAAAACCAUUAGCAAGUAAUGUGGAUUCAAGGGUCGAGACCCUUGGUGAAUGUUAUACUGACCUGGCACAAAUGCCAAAUACAAGUAACAUAAACACUGAUGGCCCAGAGAUUCACGAGGUCAAUGAAAACAACACAGAUGCCAGUUUACAAUUUAACAGUCAACCUAUUAUUAUUACUGAGAUAGAAUCAAAUAUUGAAUAUCCAAUAAAAAAUAUAUUAAACUCAAUUAUUGAAGAGAAUGAUGAUGAUGAUGAUGAUGAUGAAGAAAAUGGAGAAUCAAUUCAACAAAAAGAUCAUAAAUUAAAUUCAUCAAAUUUAUCAUUUAACUAUGAUGAAAAUAAUAAUAAUACAAUGAAUGAUAAUAAAAAUAAUAAUAUUGAUAAUCAUAAAGUGAUAAAAGAAAUAAAACCAGCAGAAGAAAAUGAAAUAGAAGAAGAAGAAGAAGAAGAAAAAUUAUAUCAACUGACAGAGAAUACAAAAGCUGAAAAAAAAUAUGCAAUAGAGUGUGAUAAAUCAGAUAAAAAUACAAUAAAUGUUGAAACCAUUGAAACUGAAGAUACUGAAAAACUGACAAUAAUAUCAUCAAAUAUUGAGUCAAUAUCUGAAAUUCAUAAAGUACCAUUGACACGUGAAGCUGAAGAUAACCUUAGAAUUUUUAUCAAAGGACUUGAUUUACCUUUAUUCAAUAAUGACAACCUGUUGAAUGAUUUAGAGUGUCUUGAAGUUGAUUCAUGUGAUAAUAAUAAACGUAUUAAAAAUCGUUCAAUUCGUGAAAUAUAUUAUUCAGAUGUACGUCAUUCUGAUAAUUUUUUAGAUGUUAUACAAGAAGAAAGUGAAAAAUUAUCAGGUGAUGAAGAGCAAAAUAUCAAAGAAUUAAUAAAUUAUAAAACUGAAAAUAUUACCAACAAUAAAAAUAUAGAAUCAUCAUCAUUGAAUCAACAAAAAAUUGAAUUGCAUGAUGAUAAAGAAAAUAUAAUAAUUUUAAAUAAUCACAUAAAAUCAUCUGAUGAUAAAUCUGGUGAUUUAAUUUGUGAUAAAAAUAUAAAUAGCAUAUCUAUAAAUAAAGAAAAAAAAUUAAUUGACAGUUGUACAUAUGAGAAUAAAACUUUGCCAAUUAUUACUAGUACAACUAAAAAUUCUGAUGGUCAGACUAAUGAAAUAUCUACAAAAAAUAUAACAUCAAAUUUACAUAAUACCAUUUACGAAACAAAAAAACUUGGCAAUGAUGAUGACGCAGUAAAUUUUAAAAUAGAAAAUGCUUAUAACAACAACGACAGUAUACCAACAGAAGAGCCACUAAAAUUUUCAAAUCAAUCUACGACAACAAACCAAAUGGCUUCUGUAAUUCCAGAGAUUAAAAAUUCAAAAAUAAAUAUUGAAAAAAAUACAAUAAAAACAAUUGAACAAACGUAUGUAUUUGAAACAACUGAAAAUAAUAUUUUAAUAGAAAAAAAAACAGAUAAAUUAAUUAAUAAUACAAAUGAAAUUAUUAAAAAUAAUAUUGAUCAAUCAAAUUGUACAUUAAUUUCAACUAACACAUGUGAAAAGUCAUUAAUAAAUCAAGUAUCAAACGAAAAUAACAAAUUUAAUUCAAUAAAAAACAAGUGUAAAGAACAUAGUGGUAUAAUUGAUCUUGAUAAAAAUUCAAAUGUAUCUAUAAAUAUUCCAAUCAUCAUUGAAAAUUCAAUUAUUGAUCUGGCGCCAAUGUCUAGGGGUCAUAAUGAUUCAUCAUAUAAAAAUAAAAAUAAUAAUAAUAAUAGUUUAAAAUCAUUAAAAGAUAUUUGUUUAAAAAAAAUUAUAUCAAUGCCAUUUGGUAAACAAAUAAUAAAUGAAAUAAAUUAUUCAAAAAAAUGUAUGAUAAAAAUAAAUGAUAAUAUUGAUAAUAAAAUAAAUCAAAGAUCAAAAAGUUGGAUGGGUAUUCCAACAGUUGAAAAUCCAAAUGUACUAAUAUGUCUUUCACCAUCUCAACAUAAUACCAAUGUUAAAAUAAGUGCUGACAAACUUCUUGAUCUUCAUGAAAAGUUUUUAAAUCGUCGACGUUAUCAUGAUGAUUUAAAACGUGAUAUUACUAUACCAAAGUAUCACAUUGAAGUAAAUUCAAAUAAUAAAAAUAAUAAUAAAGAAUUUAAGCAAUUUCAAGACAAUGAAAUGUCGUCAAAUCGUUUGCUUGAGAUAAUAAAAGAAAAUUCUAUAUCCAACAAUUUACCUGAGGUAACAAUAAGCAAUAAAAAAAUUCAAAAUGAUCAUUCAAAAAGUACACGUUUAUUAGAUUGGCUGAAUCAAGUACCAUGUGAAUUUUUAGAUGACAAAAAUUUUAUCAAAGAUGACAAUCAGCAUACUAAUAACAUUGAUUUUGAUGAUAAAAAUAAUACAUUUACCAAAGUCAAUAAACGUAAUCCAAUAAUAAAUAAUAAUAUUGAUGAAAAAAAAAAUUUUAAUAAACGUCAUGGUAGAGUAUUUGAUGAUACAAAUGAUGAUAGUAUGCAUUUAAUAAAUUCAGCAAUAAUAAUAAAAUCACCAGAUAAUUUACAACAAGAAAAUAAUAAUUGCAAUAAAAGCUAUAUGAAUAAAAAUUCAUUAACAUUUAAAAGUGCAAUUAUUGAUAAAACAUUUGAUGAUAAAACAUUUGAUGAUAAUAAUAAAUUUACAUAUAGAUAUUUGUCUCAAAAUAUUAUUGAUCCACAUUAUGUUAACUCAGCUCUUAUUAAUGACAAGCCUGAGGCACCACCAAGAUGUAGACGUAGUGUUGACGUUGAUCGUUCAUGCAUUGAUACAACUAGUAUAUUUGACAAAUCACCACCAAGAUGUCAUAUUGAGCCAAUAAAUUAUCAUCACAACAAAGAUUCAAGUUAUAUUAAACAACCAAAUACAAAUGUUAUUAUGGAAAAUUUGAAACAGCUACAAACAAAAUAUAAUGAUAGUAAAAAUAAAAAAAGACGUUAUUCAUUACCAUCAUUAUAUUUUGAUCGUCAACUUGAAUAUAUUGAAAAACUUGAUAAUCAAUUUAAUGAUAUUAUAAAUAAUGAUAAUAAAAAUAAUCAAGAGCUUUAUAUGAAUGAUAAAAAAAAACUUAAUGAUAUGACAAUAAAUCAAGAUGAAUCAUUUAUAAAAUUUCAAAAAAAUAAUAAUAGUACUGAGAAUAAAAAUAAAACUUCAAGUGAAAAUAAUAAAUUAAAUAGUGUAAAUUUAGAAAAUAAAAUUGAAAAAAAAUAUGAAAAAUAUACAAUUGAUAUUACAAAAAAUUUACAUGAUAAUAAUGAUGAAAAUAUUGAAAAAAAAAAAAAAAAAAUUUAUCAAACAAAUGAUGAAUUAUUUAGAAAAAAAAUGUAUGAUGAGUAUAAAAAUAAAAUUUAUGAAAGAGAAGAAAGAAAAAAUAAAAAAGUUAUAAAAUUGAGUAUGCCAGUAAAUUUAGAUAAAGAUGAUCAUAAAAUUCAUGAUGAAAUAACAAGUACAUUGGAAAAAGAAUUUAUUAAAUGUGCAAAAAAUCGUAUGAAUAGAUUUGGUAUAAAAUUUGAUAGUGAUACAGAAAAUAUUGAUGAUAAUAAUACAAUAAUAAUAAAAGAUACCAAGAAAAAUAUAAAUAAUGAAAAUAAUCAUAAUAAUGAAAAUAAAAAAUGUCUUGUUGAUGGAAAAAAUAUUGAAGAUUCAAAAAUGCUGCCAAAACAUCUACGAGAAUUUCUUGAGAUAACUAUCAAUGAGGCUGCCGACGGGUAUGACCGUGAUAUAACCAGUGAUGAGAAAAAAAAUGAUACUGAUUUGGUGCACGAGAUCGACAUGGCUUUGAAAUACUCCAAAGGUUUUCUGCUUUAUCAAGAAAAUAUGUUUGCACCGACGUUUAAGGCGUCUUCAGCAAAACCAGGUGUUUGGUCACCAGGAAGUGAACCACCAGCUCCACCACGACAACCAAGUCCAGAUAGAGAUAAAUAUACAAAUGCUAAAAUACCACCAGUUUGGACACCAUCAAGUGCUGGAGCAAGUCCAGUAUCACAACGUAAAGAAUUUCGUCCAGUAUCAUUUGAAAGUCCAAUAGUGAGUCGAAAGAAUAAAAAUCCAACACAGCAGACAUCUACAUCAAACGUAUCAUCUUGGAAAUCAGAAGAUAAAAAAGUAACAUCUUAUGAAGUUGAUGACAGUAUAUCAAAUCGAAUUGUUAACUCUCAAUCUGUACCAUCAGAAGGGUUGAACAUACUUGCUACCACAACAACAAGACUUCCUCGUGCACAAAAUCCAACUAUUACUUUACUACAAAAAGCAAGAGAGGGUCAAUUACCUAAAGGUGCUGCUUAUCUUGACGAUGCUGAUGUAGAAAAAAGUCACGAAACUACCACAAUAAAUUCUAACGAAAUAAUACACAAAAUAAAACGUGACAAUGAAAGUGAAUCAAAAAUAGAAAAUAAAAAAUCAAAAAAAAUGGCUGAAAAAAAAAUUGAAGGAAUUGGACCAAUUGCAAAAGGUGGUAUGCCAGUUGCUCUAAAAUCGGAAAUCAAGGAUAAAAAUCAAGCUAAAUGGUAUAGACAGAUGUAUGAUUCAAUUCAUCGUAUUGGUGAAAAGGAUGACUAUGAGACAAUUUGGUACAAGCCAAGAAGAGGAGUACGAUCAGGAUAUGGUAAUUCAAGUGGAUAUCUCAGUGAGCCAGAACAACGUGAAUAUACUAAUAGAUCAGCAACUUUAAAUACACGUCGUCGUCCAAAAAAUAAUGAAAUUGAAAACUCCAGAAUAUCAACAAUUCCAAAAAAAAAUACUGUUGUAAAAACAACAGCAGAAGUCUACCGACGUCAACCAGGUCGUAUUGAACUUUACGAGACAGGACGAUCAUCAGCUACUGAUCAAGAAGUCAAAGAGGCCGAAGAAAAGCAGUCUCAACUUAUUCAUCCAAUGGCACUACGUACAUUUAUUCCAACUCAUCAAUUGAUCAAGAAAAAUCAUGAUAAUAUUCAAUCAAAUACAUCAAGAAAUUCAUUACGUGGAAAAAGAGCUGUACUUGAAUAUCAUGAUUUUGAUGCAAUUGAAAAAAUAAAUACACCAACAAUUGAUUAUCCAUCAGUGGCAUUUAAAGUUGAACCACCAUCUGUUAAUAUAAUUGUUGGAAAUAAAAAUAUAACAAAUGAUAAUAUGUCUUAUUCAAUAAUUAAAUCACCAAAAAAUGGACGUACAACAUCAUUAAAAAAUAAUAAAAAACAAUGUAAAUUAACAAAUCGUUAUAGUCAAAGUAAUGAUGAAAUUGUUGUUGGUUUUAUUGAUGAAACAAUACAUCAAAUUGAUGAAAAAUCUGAUUCAUGGAGUCCAGUUAUUAUUGAUGAUAUAAAAACAAAUUAUAUAUUAUCAAAAAAUUAUAAUAAAAAUUAUUCACCAUUAAUUGGUAGCUGUUUAUCAAUUACAAAUAGAGAUAAAAGCUUUUUAUCAACAAAAAAUUUUCGUAAACAUCAUUAUAAUCAAAGAUUUAAUCAUGAUCCAUCUAUAUCAUCUUCUAACUCUUCAUCGUCGUCUAGUACCAUUCACAUAACCAUGUUACCAACACCACCACCACCACCACCAUCAGUACCAACAACAACAACAACAACAACAGGAACAACCACAACCACAACAGCCGAGACCAUCUUGUCAUCACCAUCAAGGCCUUUUGAUCAUCGUAACCCUCAAGCAUCGAAGCCUUAUAUGAGCCAUGCAUUGAAAGAAUCUGGAUACGAGAGUGAUUCAACUUUAAUAUUUCGUCGUCGCGAUGAUGUCUCUCCUUUGAGUCCACUUGAGCAAAGAUUAGCAUAUAAAACUGUUCAAAAAGGUGGUGACGUACCAUUACAUGGUCUUCGAAAACUUGCACCAGAACGUCCAAAAGACGACGCAGAGAUUCAGUACUUAUCAUUAUCACCAAGGUUGAAAAAAAUACAUGUACAAAGAAGAAAUAAAACGUCAUCAUUAACAAGCUCAAUGUCUUCAACAACAAUUUCAAGAUAUAAAAAAUCACCAUUAUCAAAAACAACAAUACCAGUUAAAAGUGAAAAUAAUAUUGAAAAAAUUUCAACAAAUAAAUCAAGAUCAAUAACAAAAAAUUUAUAUCCACCAUCACCACCAAAACGACAUUCAUCUAGAUAUAAUUCAACUUUAAAGUUGUAUACAUUAAAUGUUAACCCAAAUUUAGCACAUUCAAGACACGAACAGUGCUUCUCAGCAAAGAGCAUGUCAAAUAUAAGAUUACUAAAGGAAAGACUCAGCAACAAGUUGCUUAAACACGAUCAAGAAAGAGCAAGUAAAUCAACACUCAAAAAUUUUAUGUCUUCAUCAUCGCAUGUAUCUACUUUUAAUUUAUCACCAACAAGUAAAAUUAAAUCUCCAACAAAAUCAAUAACAAAUUUAACAAAAAAAAAAUGUGAAACAAUAAAAAAUAAUUCAAAUUUAAUUACAAAAACAAAUGGUUGUCGUAUUACAAAAUUAUCAAAUGAAUUAAAGCAUAAUCGUGAUAAAGAAAAAACAUCAAUUGAACAAAUUAAUUCAAAAGUAUUUUCAUCAUCAAACACGUCAUUUCGUGGAGCACUUAAAACAAAAACUUUACUUAGUUGUCAAAAAAAAGAUAAAAUAAAAGUUGGUGAAAUAAAAAAAGAAUCAAAUGAAAGUUUAAAACAAAGAUUAUCCAUGGACUUAUCAACAUCAUCAUCUUCAUCAUCAUCAGCAUCAUCUUAUACUGAAGUAGAAAAACUUCUCAAUGGUUGUCGUCAAGUUAACAAACAAGACGAAGAAAAUGUAUUAAGAGGAUCUGUCAUCAGAACAAACUCAUCGUUAUUGCAAGUAAAUAACCAAGACAUUCAACAAUCCAAAGUACUUCCACAUCUUCAAGAGAGCUUAACAACGACAACAUUAUCAUCGACAUUAAAAACAAGUUCAAUUGAUUUGUCAGCUUUACCAUGUACAAAAAAAAUUAAUCAUGAAAUUUUUAAUAAAAAAAAAUUAACUAAAGAAUCUAAAGAAAAUAUUACAUCAAGCUUAUAUCCAACAUUUAUUCGUAGUGAUUUUAAUAAUCGUCAAAAAAAUUAUAAUAAACCACGUACAAUUAUUAAAAAUACAACAACAAAAAUAUCCGAAGAUUCAAUUAAAAAAAGUAAAAAUUUAAUGAAAAAAGAAAAAAUACGUGAAAUGCCUAAAAUAAAAAAACCAGAAAGCAACAAAAAAGAUAUUGAUAAAAAAAAAAUUAAAAAAAUUAUUAAUAAAAAUGAAUUUAAUUCAACAUUAAUUCAUAGUUCAAUUAAUGAUAAUACAAGUGGUAUGAUAAAAAAUUUAAAACAAACAAAAAGUGAUAAUUUUUUUCAAAAUUUAUUUUUAAGAAAUGUUCCAUCACCAACAUCAUCACAUUGUAGUACAUUAAGAAGAUCAUCAGUCAUGGAAAAAGCUGAGUUAUUUCAAAAUUUUAACAAUGAACAUCACAAAUCAGCACCAUCUUUACAUUCAAUAAAUGUUUAUCUUGCAACAAAACGACCAGUAUCAAAUUCAAGAUUUAAAAAUUGGGAACAAAAAUGUUUACCAUCAAGAGCACCAAGUCCAGUUGAAUCAAGCUGUAAAUCUAUUUUUCAACAUAUAGCUAAAUUUGAUAGUUUAGAAAUGAGUGAUGAAUUUGGAUCAGUUAUGUCUCUACGUGGAAGAAGUUUAGAGUUAUAUAAAUAUGGUGAUAAAGAACGUAGUCUAAGUGAGCCACCAUUAAAAGUAUCAUUCACAUCAGAUGAUAAAAGAGAUAAAUUAAAUUCACUAUCACAGUGUCCAUCAUCAUCUCAGACCACAUCAGUAACACACAAAAGAAAUAGAAAUAUUAAAUCUCAUAAAAGUGAUUAUCCACAAUUAAAAUUACGUGCAAGAAGUGCUGGUGAAGCUGAUGAUUCUGAUAGAAUAAAAUUUGACUCAAAUUCAUCACUUUCAAAAAGUACAAGUUCACUUAAAUCACCACCAGUUAAUAGAAAAAAUUAUCAACGUUAUUUUUUUGAAUUAAUGCAUACAAAAGAAACAUCAAAAAAAUACAAAGAUUUACAUGAUUUUUAUGCAAAUUUAGAACGUAUUGAUGAAUUAAAAAAAACAACAUCAAGUAAUAAUUUAAAACCAAGAUUAAAAAAUGAAGAAAUUAUUGAUUAUGAUCGUUGGAAAGGUUUACGUUCAAAAGAACAUGCUGAACAAGAAUUAAAAUUAAUAUAUGAAAAACUUGAAGAUGUACAACGUGAAAAAAAUUUUUUAUUUAAUACAAAUGAUUUAGAAAAAAUACGUUGGCGUGGUGAUUGUGGUCUUAGAUGUAAAGAUAGAUCAGUUGAAAAUAUUAGUGAAAGUUUUCGUAAAUUAUCUAAUGAUAAUAAACAUGAUGAUGAAAAUCGUUUUAAAAUAAAAAAAGAUUCUUAUAAAACUUUAUGGCGUGGUAGUUCAGUUUUAAAUUUAGCAAAUACAAUGACAAAACGUGCAAAUAAUGAUAAUUAUAUUGAAAAUGAUAAAUCAUAUGUUAAUCCAUUAUUACAAAAAAAUCUUGGUGUUAGUAAAAAAUUUUGGAGUAGUUUAUCUGUUGAACAGGUAAAUGCUUUAAAAAAUCAAUUAAAUGAAAUAUAUGGUAGUGAAAAUGAAAAAGGAAAAGCAAUAUUUUAUUCAUCAUCAAAUGAUAUCAAAUCAAUGGAUGAAAAAAAAAAUAAUUUAAAGCUUCAAAAUUCAAAGUAUGAAGUAAUAGUACCAUCACAAAUUGAAUCAAAUGAUAUUUCAGGAGAUACAAAAGGUCUAAGUGUUCGUUGUCAUUCUAUGCUAGUAUCAGAUAACCAAUUACCAUUAAAAAAUACAUCAUCUUUAAAAAGAAGUGAUUCAAUUAGUAAUGUUAGAAUUUCUAAUAAAUCAAAAACCAGUGAUACAUCAAGACUAACUGAAUCAGAAAAAAAACGUUUAUCUGUGUCACUUGGUAAAGAAAUUUUAAAUAAAGUAUCACAAAAAAAACAAUCAUCACAAGAAUCAUUUGGUGCAACAACAACAGCAACACGUGUUGAAUCAAAAUCACGAGAAUUUAUGAAAAAAAAAAAUGAAACUGCUGGACUCUUAACUAAAAAAAAAGAUAUAAAUUCAAUUGACAAAAAAUCAACAAAAUUUUUAAAAAUUAAAACAAAAAAAAAUACAUCAGACAGUGAUAUUAAGGAGAAUAGUGAAAAUUCUGAUAGUUCAAUAAAAACUGUAAUACAACGUGAAAAUAAAACAGAAGAUGUACCAAAAAAAGUUGAAUUUUUUGAAUUUGUUGAAAAAUAUAAUAAUAAUAUGAUUAUGGAUAAAAUUCAAAAGCCAAAAUUAACAUUGUCACAAAGUUUUACUGAUUUAAAAGAAUUAUUUGGUGAAAAAAAAACAGUACGAUGUAUGACAUCACGUUAUUGUUCAAGUGAUGGUAGUCAUGUGUUUAACGGGCCAUCAGGAAAUGGUACGGAAAUAAGGGGAAAUAAUAUUUCCGCUUCGCCAGGCAUUUUACAUGGUAGAUUAUCAAAUGACUUUAAUAUGCAUUCAAAUCGUGCAAGUAGUAUCAGUCCAUGUCGUGUAUCCAAUUCUACACAUAGUCUUGGUAGUUCACAAUAUCAAAGUAUAUCACCUGAUCCUGAACGUUAUUGGCAAACAUAUCAAAAUAUUAUUCAACAUGGUGUUGUUAAUAAAAUGCGUGAAAAAUUUAAAAGUUUACAAGAUUUAUCUAAAGAACAUUAUAAUGUAUCACGUGUAAUACAAUUAAAACGUUUUCAAAGUGAUCCAGAAAUAACAAGAAAUAUAUUAAAGGUAGUUACAAAUAAAAAAAAAGAUAUAAAAACAAAAAUAUCUGAUGAUUUUAAAAAAAAAUAUGAACAAUCACGUGGACGAGUUAAAAGAACAUCUGGCUCACCACCAAUUCCACGUGUACCCUUGAGAAAAAUAGAUCUUCAAAUGCCACAUAUUAAUAUUAUCAGUAAAACUGUUGAGCUAAAAGACAGUGUAAUGUCACGUUCUAGUUCAACAAAUUCAUUAGCAAUUAAAUUAGAAACUGAUGAAAUUGAAUCAAAACGACCAGUUUGUAAAAUACGUGAAAAAUUUGAAAGCUUUAAACAACCAUCAAUACUUGGUAAAUUUUUUACCUCAACACCAGAUGUACAUGAACUUCGUGAUGUAUCACCAUAUUUAACAGGCAAAUGGACAGCAUAUAAAUGUCCAAAUCGUUAUAAUAAUAAUACACGAUCAACAUCACUACCACGUGAUUUAAAAAUAAUAAAAAAUAAAAAAUUAAUUGAUAAAUCAAUAGUAUCAAAGUGUAAUGAUAAAAUUAAAAAAUCAACACCAACAACAGUUUAUUUAAAACCACCAGCAUCAAUAUUAAAAUCACAAUGUACUGAUAUAUUUGCUAAUCAACAAUUUGAUCCAAGUAAACAUCGUCCAAGAUACAGAUAUCAACCACCACCUCCACCACCUCCACUACCACCAUCAUCAUCAUCAUCAUCAUCAACAGUGCAAAUUACAAAUGAGACUAAGUUACCAUGGUGGCCUACAAUUCCAACUUACACUGCAAGACCAACUGUAACAUUUGAAGAAUACACGAAUGCACCCUCGCCACCACCAAAAUCUCAUCACUGCAGAACUGAGCGUCAAGAAUCACCAAGAAGAUAUGUUGAAGGUGAAGUGACAAUUCACUAUCGUUCACCAGUACGUCAAGAAGCCAAAGAAAUAUUAAGUGAAGAAGAACUUGCACGUAGAAGUGCUGAAAAUAUGCGUAAAGUUUAUCAAGAAGAAAAACGUCGAAAGUAUUUUCAAGAACUUCAAGAUAUUGAUUCACGUCGACACACAGAUAACUUUGUACCAUCACAAAAAUCUCCAAUACCUUUAAAUCGUUAUGACGAUUUUGGUAAUGAUCAUAGUUAUCGUAACAGAUCUCAAGAGCAAACACCAGAGCCAAGAUUGGCCGCAAGGGCAAUGUACAAUUUUGUUGGUCAAACCUCAAGAGAGCUUUCAUUUCGUCGUGGUGACAUAAUUUUAGUACGUCGUCAAAUUGACAAAAAUUGGUAUGAAGGUGAACACAAUGCAAUGAUUGGUCUUUUUCCCAUCAACUACGUUGAGGUAUUGCUGUAUGAUAAUUCAAGAACAACACUAAAAAAAUCAAAUGAAGGACAAGCAAGAGCAAAAUUUAAUUUUUCAGCACAAACAAAUCUUGAAUUAUCAUUAUCAAAAGGUGAAAUUAUUAUUCUAACAAGAAGAGUCGAUGAAAAUUGGUUUGAGGGUAGAAUUGGUAAUAAGAAAGGUAUAUUUCCUGUAACAUAUGUUGAUGUACUUGUGGAACCAGGCCAACAUAGACCAGAAACUCCAGUAUCAAAUAAACCUGUCGCAUCACCAGCUGCUCAUAGUAUGCUUUCAAAUGGCACAGCAAGUGGCAAAUUGAGCAUGGGAUCUCAUCAUUAUACUCCAACAAUAUCACCAAAAACAACAAGUGAACCUCAAUAUAUUUCGCUGCCUCGUAUUGGUGUAACUGAUCGUAAUAAAUUGCAUGUUGCACCUGUCAACGAAACAUUGCAUAUUGAUACACAUUCGGAAACAAUAGCUUAUCGAGCACUGUACAGUUACAGACCACAAAAUGAAGAUGAACUUGAACUCAAAGAAGGUGACACAGUUUAUGUUAUGGAAAAAUGUGAUGAUGGAUGGUUUGUUGGUUCAAGCCAAAGAAAUGGUUAUUUUGGUACUUUUCCAGGUAAUUACGUUGAACGUUUGUGAGAUGAGGAGAAGCCCAAUUGGGCUAUUGAAAAUAAUAAAAGAAGACGUAGUAGUAUAUCUAAGAGUGUUGCAAUAACAUUACCAAAAAAUGAAUCAUCACGAAUAAUUGAGUAUCGUUGUUAAAAAAUAAAUAAUAUUGAUUUGAAAAAAUAUAAAAAAUAAUUUCGAAGGCUGAUGCUUACGACGAGAGUCUUCCAAAUAAAUAAAUACUAAAUACAAUAAUAUAAUAAUCCGAUGAAUAUACAAAUAAAUUUUAAUAAUUAUUAAUAACACAACACCCAAAUGUAAUUUAAAAAAUAAAUUUACAAUAGUUGUUUAUUAUUUAUCAUAAAUUAAUUAAUUAAUUAAUUUUUUUUUUUUUUUUUUCGUUCAAUACAAAAGUAUUAAAUGUUUAGUCAUUAAAAUGUACCAUAUAAAAAAAAAAUAAUAAUAUUAUCGUUACCAUUUUGAAAGAAUAAAAAACCAAAUGUAUAGCAAAGAGUAUUGUUAAAAGAAAAAAAAGAAAAAUCAACUUGUAAGCUAUUAAUGCCAUGAAAAAUAUAUCAUUUUAUGAUAAAAAUUGUUAAUGAUUAUUAACUUUUUAAUAAUCAGAUACUAAACAACAUUUUAUUAAUGCAAUGUUUGCCUCGUGAAAUUCAUAUUUUUGUAAGCAAUCAUAAGCGAUAUUAUAAAAUUAUAUAGAUAUUAACAUAGUGACAUUGCUAUUAAUAUAUUUAGAGUGUUGAACAAAUAAAUAAAAAGAAUAAUAAUAAUAUUAAUAUUAAUAAAGCGAAAUAAUAAUAUUUGAUUUGAGUGAUUUAAUAAUUCUAUCAAGAAGUAAAACUGUUAAUGAUAAAUCUUUUAAAAAAAAAAACAAAUUACAUUACCACAAAUUUAAUGAACCUUUAUUGACACAUUAAAAAUGUGUUGGUUUUAUAUUUGACAAUACUAUUGUGGUAAAUCUUAAUAUUUAUAAAUUUUACCAUCAAAAAAAAUAAAUGGCUUAUAUAUUAUCCAGAGAAGUUUAACAGUUACCUGUGCAAACUUAUUGAUUGAAAAAAAAAAUUAUAAAAUAAUUGUAAAAAAAAAAAAAGGAAAAAAAAACACGGUACAAUUGUUGCUGGCAUCAUUAAAAAAAUAAUGCUCGUUGUGAUUAUUAUUUGUUGACAAAGGAAAAUAUUUAUGACGAGACUAUAAUUGAAAGAAAAAUUUUAUCGCUGAAUUACAGAAUUUUAAAUUUAUUUGUAUGAUAUAUUAUAUAAAUAUUACUGUUAUUAAAAUAUAGUAUCAAUAUGCAUUGUACACUUUGGAUAAUAAAAAAAAAUAAAGCCUAAUUUAUUUGUUAAUAUAUGUUAUCCCAAGUUAAUCCCAGACAAAAUUUUUCCAUAUUUUUUCAUUAAAAUUAGAUGAUAUUUCGUCACAACGACACAGAAAAUCCAAAUAGCUUUGAAAAUUUGAUAUAAAUAUACUUUAAAUAAUUAAUCAGAUGGUUUUUUAAUUGAACAAAACUAAUUAAUUACAUGCAAAUAAUGUAUUUUAGAAAAAAAGGUAAAAUGGAAUUCAAAUUUGUUAGCUAAAUAGCGCGCUUUUUUAUCGAAGAUGGCGGUCAUCUAAACUAGCACUACUGGCAUCUAGUGGAAAAAAUACGCAACAAAAAAG